UCAUUUACUUUUCCCGAUUCUUCAACACAUACUCAUCCAAACGUCUUAUGGGCCGAGGUAAGAGCAAUGAAUAAAUUAAACCACCUUUGUUUUUGGUAUAUUCAAUGACAAUGAGUUUUUGACUAGGUCAGGUGGGUGAUGGCGACACCGAUCAUUACUGUUGGCAGCGGCCCGAGGACAUGACCACAUCCUGGCAAGCCUACAAGGUGGAUGAGAAGAACCCAGGAUCGGAUGUUGCAGGCGAGACGGCUGCAGUAAUGGCAUCCGCCUCCAUUGUGUUUAGGAAAACAAACCCACAUUACUCUCACCUACUACUCCAUCAUGCACAACAGUUGUUUGAGUUAGGGGACAAGUAUAGAGGGAAGUAUGAUGAAAGUGUAAGGGUGGUGAAAGGGUACUAUCCGUCGGUGAGUGGGUUCAAAGAUGAGCUGUUGUGGGCAGCUUUGUGGCUAUACAAAGCCACCGACAAUGAGGCUUAUUUGAGUUAUGCUUUAGACAAGGCAAAUGAAUUUGGUGGGAUCACUUGGUCCAUGAACGAGUUCAGUUGGGAUGUCAAGUUUGCUGGUCUUCAGAUCAUUGCUUCAAUGUUGUUGGUGGAAGAAAAGCAUAGGAAACUGGCAUUCGAGCUUGUAUUGAAACAAUAUCGUUCAAAGGCCGAGUACUAUUUGUGUGCUUGCCUUAACAAGAGCAACGAGAGUAAUGUGAAACGCACCCCGGGAGGUCUAUUGUACGUCCGACAAUGGAACAACAUGCAAUACGUAUCGAACGCAGCAUUUCUUCUAACCAUAUACUCCGAUCAUCUCCAAACAUUGAAUCGAAGGUUGAUAUGCGACCGCGGUGAGUUAGGAUCGGAAGAAGUCCGCGUGUUUGCGAAAUCCCAAGUUGAUUACAUCUUGGGAGAGAAUCCGAAGGCCACGAGUUACUUGGUCGGAUACGGUUCAAGGUACCCUCAAAGGAUGCACCAUAGAGGAGGAUCAAUUGAAUCCUAUGGCGAGAACAAGGGAUUCAUAAGGUGCACUCAAGGGUAUGAUAAUUGGUUUCAUAGAAAAGGACCAAACCCCAAUGUUAUUGUCGGGGCACUUAUCGGAGGGCCUAACGAGAAAGAUGAAUUCAGUGAUGAUAGGAAGAAUUUCAUGCAAACCGAGGCUUACACUUAUAAUACAGCAAGCCUUGUUGGGGUUUUGGCCAAAUUGCAUGGUUUAGAAGAUGAUGGAGUCUUUAAUAGUCCUUUGACUGCUUCUAGAUAAAGUCCCC